GCUAGUGGUAGCACAUGUGAUGGUACAGAUACUAGAUAGCCCGCACUGCAGACUUGCUUGAAUGAAUGCGGACCUGAAGUAAGACCGCUUUUGCUUCUAGUUAGUUGCUUUGCUCGUUGCUCAUUUAAAGGUUGGCUGAAGCCAACGCGAAGACUUAAGAUAGGCCGUGAAACCAGUUUCGAGUUGAACGGCUGGUUGGCUGCUUCUUCUGCUGGUUCGUUCGUUACUCUCCGCUCGUUAUUGCAUCCGCAGGGUUUGCUGUUCUUAGUCCCGAAUUUUUCACACAGUGCACAACCUCCAUAAAUUUCCCGUGUAAUCGUGCGAAAAACGAGGGUAUGCCGUCCGUGAUUCACCCCUAUUGCAUUCACGUAACAAUCAACGAGGUAUCGCACUCAUACCCUUGUGGUACUCUACCUUCCGUGGGUCGAGCUGCAUAUUCGCAAUAGUCCUACGGAGGCGUUCUUGUGUUACUUUUCAGCCCUGCAACAACGAAAUGAACGGCCGGGUAACGAGCUCACGAAAUGUGCAGCACGUAAACGGGAUUCGAGGUUCAGGAUUGGAAGGGUGCAAGGUGCAGUGUGUUAGAAAUUCCUCAAUUUAUUAGUGUGCGCGACUCAAUGGAGUGAGUGAAGUUCUUUCAACCUAGAGAACGGCUCGGAAAACAAAUUACAGAAUCUAAGAUAAAAGCAGUGAGCCAAAUAAAAAGAGGCCAAGCUUAAUUUAUUGCUCAAUAAUCUAUUAUAAAAGCGCGAAUUGUGUUUUUGGAGUGCAACAAACGGUCCACCGCGAAGGAAUCCAACUCUUUCGGAGAAGAAGAGGCGGAUAGAAAGCUUGAGCCAAUUGGAUACAUAACGGCUUCCCAUCUAAGUGGAUGGUAAUGAUGUUGCUAGAAUUAUCGCUAGUUUUAUCGCGGUCAUGUGGUUGUUUUUAGUCUAUCGGUGUUUAUGUUGCUAGACCCCAGCGGAAGACUAUAGUGCACUUCUUGUAAUCGUCGAUCACGUUAUCCGCUUUGUCGAGCUGCACAUAUUGUUUCCUGCCCACAUUCACUCAUGGUUUUGUAUGUGCAUCGAUUACUCACCUGAACAUUGCAUGCAUACACCGUAACCAUAGAACCAAAGUACCACCACUCCCGGACUUGGGUGCUCAGUGCACGACACAUGAAGAUAAAAUCGCGGUCAUUUCCGCCGGUUUGGACGACGCCUUCCACUAAGCCAUGGGAAACUUUACAGUGAAAUGAACUGUUUGUAGGUUUAUAAGGUCAUAAACAAAAUCGUGCUAGUAAAUUGUGUUUAAUGGUCCGACCUGAUACUACAAGGCUUGUGAAACAACAAGAAUCGACAUCGCGAAGUCACAUUGGUUCUGUCGCUAAAUUCAAUAAUGGAGUCCAUACAAAAUGUCGACACCGCAGCGACCGUAGCAGCAGAAUCAAUAGGCGCCAAUAGCGAUGAACAGUCCAGCGGGGACAGUAAUCAUGAGCAAGAAACAUCGAAAAUUGGGGUAUAUUGCACUCUGCGGUCACGAUCACUUGGUGAUCACAAAGGUAAAUCUCAGCACGAUGGAGAUCAGUAUUCAAUAAAAGAUAAUCUCACGACCUAUUGCACUGUUGGAAGACGAUUGAAAAAUUUCAUUAAAACAAGCGCACUCGAAAAUGAACUGCCCUACACGAAGCUGAAUGAAUCGCUAUCUACAUCGUCAACCAAUUUCGGAAUAUCCAACAAUUUAUCUACGGAAUCAAUAAAAAACGCUUGCGAAUUGUAUGUUCUAAGCGACGAUGAAAGUGACGAAGUCGAUCCAAGGCGAUCGGUGGAGGCAGUGAAUGGCUCGUUACUAGACAAAAUCACUGGUAGCAAUUUUCGGCGUUCGCUAUUGCGAUCGUCAGCUCGAUCAUCCUCCACUGAUCGGAAGCGUCGCCAUGAAAACUUCCAUCCAUAUUGCACAAUGCGCCGAGAUCGCUUCGACAGACUCCCAGAUAAAGCACAAUCCCCGGACCUGAAUUCGGAUAAAAUAAACCCAGACUCCGCUGAAGCAUAUCACAUCCUAAAUGAGCUCGACGCAAUCUUAGAUAACCAAGAAGGGAUCGAGAUCGCCUCCGUAUCGUCCUCUUCGCCAGAAAAAGUAGAAGAUUAUCUUCUGGAACUAGAUACGUAUCUAGAACAGAUGGAACGAUGCGGAAAACAGGGGAGUGAUGACCAUCAGCAGGAAAAUCUUGAAGCUUAUCUGAGAACCAGCGACGCUAACAACUUCCCGAAACAUGCUCAGCGAUCUGAAACUCUCCCGAAAAAGUUAAGACGCUUAAUUGCACCUGGUGAUCCUGCAGAAAUAGUGGCUGAGAAAAAGAUAUCAGCGGUCGAGGCAGAUUUAAAUUACUCAUUUGAUCGUGGCCAUAAAUUACGAAGCACCGUUGGGUCAUCACAACCUGAAAGUGAUCGUAUUCGUCUCAUACAUGAGAAACCCUUAAAUCGGCGGCAGAAAUCAUGGCGGCGUCAUUCAAUGCGUAAAACAUCAUUACUUGAUAUGCCCAUCGAAAACCGCAGUGAAGAUGUCUUGCAUUCACCUCGCCUGCCUUCUCCAUCCCAAUAUUCGGCUGAAAUCUCUGAAAGACUUGACUCUGGAAAUGUUAUCAAUCGCAGUAUAUCACAUCCCAGUAAUCUGGCAACGCAUAUAGCAUCGGACCCAGGAUCAUCUCCAUCUCCCGUAGCAAACCUUAAUUCACCUACGACAAUGGAUGCAAGGACAUCUUUGGAAGAUUUUCAUGUAUUCAAUACUAUCAGCUUAGGAGCCAAUCAAACUUCCGAAACAUCACAAAACCAUUCAGAGCCUAGUCAUGAGCUUAGACGCUGUUCGUCCGAGGUUCCGGUUCAAUCAAAUGAUCGAAGCAAUACAUUGACCCACAUAGACAUAAUCAACGACAUCCUGCAAUCUACCUCCUCUUGCGAAGACACCACUUAUCAGCAUAGACCUCGGCAAUUUGGCCGUCGUGCUGAAGCUAAUCCCAGAAUUGUAUCAAUCACCGCUGAAAUGAGCCAUUCAGUGAACGCUACUCCAAGAAUCACAGUCAAUCACGAUCGUCCGGUGAGCGCUCCUGUAGGGAACUUGAGGACAUCUUCGUCCACAAGUCGAUCCGCACCUACAGCAACCAGUGGAAAUCAUCGUUAUGUGAGUUCUGAACCGAGUUCCGUCGGCUCAUCCCGAAACCCUAGUCCAGUGUCUCUUCUGUCUAGCACCGCUUCAAGUUCACUAGCCUCGACCAACGCUGCCCCACCUUCUAACAGUGCUCAACAAGGUACUACCAUAAUUGACGAACCCUACGUCCAUGAGCGUCUGGAUACAAACAUUAAUUCCCAAUGGCCACAUGGAUUUAGUCGGACUCUAGCGCUUCUCAGCUGCACACUGGGCCUUUUCAACAUUUCACGCUUCUCGGUCCUCACCAUUCACUAUGGCGGCAAUUUCUUAUUACAAUUCUUGCUCCUUUCCAUUGUGUUUGGAAUUCCGAUGCUUUGGUUGCAGAUGUGUCUUGGUGCAAAAAUCAAAAGUGGGCCAAUCUCCAUGUGGAAAAUAAGUCCCAUUUGCAAGGGUAUAGGGAUAUCUUUAACAUUGGCCCAGGGUAUCAUAGCAUUAUAUUCUGCGGUCACCCUUGCCUGGUGCCUGAUAUACUUCCGGGAUUCAUUCAUAUCGCGAAACGACAAGUAUCGAUGGCAGGAACCAUAUCAUUUGUUUCGAAGACCAAGCAACAUAACGAAUAAUCUGACAGAGACCGUUGCAGACUAUUUCAAUGGAAUGGUGCUGCAACGAUGGCAGUUAAGUGAAGAUCGAAGAGAUCAAGCUGGAGGGGUAAGGUUUCAGAUUGCCUUCAAUGUAGCCGUUAUAUGGAUCGCAAUAUUCUUAUUUUUGUGCAAAGGCCUUAAAUCAUUUGGGAAGGUUGUGCUAGGUUUAACAUUAUUGCCCCUAGUCAUUUUCAUAGUGAUUUGCUGUAAAUUUUUAUACCUCGUGGACUUCUCAACCGUGCAGCAUAUAUUUUCUGCCAACGAUUUUGAAGAUUUUUUGGUCAAUUCGAAGAGUUGGAUUGCAGCGGCCCAAGAAAUCUUUUUGACAUGGGGGCUACUGGGUCCAUCCGUUAUAGCGAUGUCGGCCAAAUCAGCAGAGAAAAGCGAAGGAAAAACCAUUCUACGACGAGACGCUAUUAUAGUGGUGCUAUUAACGUUAUUCGGAUUAUCAAUAGCAGCGUUGUUUGGAUAUGCGUGCAUACAAAUAUUGCAAAAUAACAAUUACAUCUAUUUGCCAGGAUCUUUUGAAUACACAGACACCUACACUUUUCUUUACUCCUUACAAGUCCCAGUGCCACCAGACCGAAUUGGUGUACCAGCCAAAUGGGCGCCACACUACUCAUCAGUAAUUGGAGAAUACUAUCGCAGAACAACAUCCCCACCCUUUCGCGAAAGCGGCUUCCAGGCUUUACGACUGAUCACUGAACUGUUCCCCGCCACGGUAGCCGUUGCAACCCAAGAAUAUAUUUCGCCGGUCUGGACCCUAAUGACCUAUUUGAUGUUCCUCAUAUUCGGCCUAGGACAAAUGUGUGCUAUGUGGAAACCUAUAUCCAGCAUUUUGGGCAAUUCGACAAGUUCUGUUCUCCUAAGCUGUGUAGUUGGACUCUUGCUUGGCAUACCGUUCGCAACUGAAAUGGGAAUGUCCAUUAUGCAUUAUUUGGACUAUAUUAUUGGAGGCGCCUGGUUCCUACUAAUCUUGUGGACUGCUCAAAUCUUUGGUGUGUUUUUAAUUCGCGGACGCCCAUACAACGGAGAUCUAUUGGUGAAUGAUUUAAGGAUGGCCAGUUCAAUGUCUGCUUUCUUGGCACUCUCUUGGAAUGUAUUACUGCCAAUAGGACUAGUGACCUUGGCCAUCAUACAGUAUAAAAUAACUUUAUCCAGUCAACUAUUUAAUUGGCGGGGAAAAUCGUACUUCUCACUUUGGAGUCGGAAAGUUGGUGGAUUGAUACAGAUCGGAUUCUUGCUCAUAGUUCCAGUAACUGCCAUCAUCCAAAUUUAUAGAUAUCUGAGCAAUGGACCACCUGAUAUAUUCGACCGUAUUCAACUUUUAUAUCGGCCAUCAAUGACACCAAGUCAAGAGCGACGAAGAAAUCGACCACAUAUAGAAAGACUGACGAGUCAGCAGCAAAGCACUUUAGGACUGACAGUAACGAAUAUCGAAGCACAACAAAUCCAAGACGAUGCCCCACCUAAGUACACACCUCCGCCGUCGUAUACAACGGCUACUGGUGCACGCCUGGCUAAAAUGCUAAGACAAAGCAUCAGAAGAAGUGUCCGACGGAUUUUAGGAGAACCGAGUCGUCCACGACCAUCCAUCACAACAACAUCACAUGCUAAUGCAUCAGCUGCAUCUUCCCCGCCUCAUGAUUCUAGUCUUCCGCCUGAAUACUCCACCGUUCUCACCAAUCCUUCGGGUGAUGAAUGCCAGUCGACGCAACAAAGCAUGGGCCCACGGGCUCUUUACAACAGCCAUACAAAUCGAACUCUCUCCCUAGAGCGCAGAACAUCUCAGCGAUCGGGCCAUCGCAGGAGCACGAGUACAGCCACUUCCGCUAGUAGUAGACGAAACACCCAAACGUUCACUGCAUUUGACGUGGCCCAAGUCUUACGUUCUUCCUCCCACCAUCAUCCAAGGCACGAACGUAGUGCUUCCGCUAUAACAACCAUGGACAACAUUCUCAAAUCAUCAUCUUUGCGACAUAGCAAGAAAACUACAUCUAGAUCAGUAGAGAACUUGGUUUUGAAUGCUGCUCCACUGGGCGAGAGCAAUGCAAUGGCGCGGAACCCAACAUCCCCGGACAGUAAUGAAAGCACUUCUGUGAUUUGAUUCAAUCAAAUUAUAUUACUAGCUGUAGAUUCUAUGUAAAGAAAUGCACUCAACGACAGGAAUCUAAUUCGUAGGGUUCAGAAACGUUAUCAGACACGAACUAGAAAGUAUUUCACGUAUCGCCCAGCGAUGCCAUAGCUGACGUGUGUCCGGUAAGGAAUCAGACCCGAAUUAGAUUACUAAAUAUAGAUCUAGACCUGCACAUACAUAUAUUUGCAAAUAAAAUACAAUCCUUGACUUAUACUGUAACUACUGCAAUCAUAUCCCGUCCAUAAUAGUAAGUGUUCAGCUGGGCAUGAAAUACGAUUAAGAAUUCCCGCUUCCAAAACACACCUAGAAACUAGUUUUCCUAUCUUAUCUUAUUUUAGAAAUGACUAUUAUUGUAAUGUAUUUGUAUUUUAUUUGAAUUCUAUAACGUGUUUAUUAUAUUUCAAUGUAUUAAUCUAAGAGUAAAGAUGUAGGAUGAAUGCCUGUAGAAUGCAAGUUAUAGUGUUGAUUCGCGUAUAUUUGAAAUUUAUUUAAAUAAAACAAAACAAACAAAGAUUGA